AUGAAUGUCAAUAAAAUAAGGAACAUUUUGUUUUUUCCCAGAAAAAAAUGUUCUCAUUUUAUAAAAUGUAUUAAGAGAACUUAUAAGAUAUUAUUUGUAAAUAAUUCUGGAAAUAAUAAUUUUUUACAUAUGAUGAAAACAUGUAACUCAUAUAAUUUGUCAAAGAAAAAAAUUGUUUUAUUUAAUAUAGAUGAGAAUAAUUUAAAUAUAAGAAAAAGGAUAAAUAAGGUGGUUACAAGUAGUAUUAUAUUAUCUUCUAUAUUUAUAUGUUUAAUAGAGUUUAAUAUAUUAUCUAAUAUAUAUGGUUAUAUAAUAUGUUUUGUAUUAAUAGUAUAUAUGAUUAUGAAUUAUAUUUUUUAUAAUUCUUUAAUAUUAAGAGCUGUGUUAGAUUAUCACAACAAAACGUUACUAUUAUAUCCAUUCAUGUUAAUAAAAAGAAAAGAUGUUUUAAAACAAAUUAUUAUUUCUCUUCACGACAUUAAAAAAAUUAAAAAAAUUAAUAAUUAUAUAAAAAUUUAUAUAAAACCAAAAAAUAUACAAGACAAACAUAUGAAAAGCUGGUCAUUUCUAAACAUGUUACCAUAUUAUUUCCCUAGAUAUAAUUUUUCAAAAAAUAAUAUAUUAUCCAAAAAUAAAGAUGAAGAUAUGUUAUAUCCUUAUGAUUUUAAUAAUUUAAACAUAGCAGUGUUUGAUAAAAAACUUACCAACUCUUCGAAUAUCACAUCUAUGAAGAUACAAAAAAAUGUACAAGGAUUCCCUUUAAACGUUCAUGAGGAGAAUAAAUUAUUAUCACUAUUAAAAUUAUAA